AAAAAGAUUCAGUGAUCCACAAAUUACUUCCUAUUUAAAAAAAUCAUUUUCUUUCCUUUCUUUCCAACUUUCUUGAAGAAGCCUUUGCUUGCAGAACUUCCCAUGUAAUCUCGAAAACCACACUCUUCCCACUUUCUCUAUCUAGAAAUCACACAUUUUCUCUCUCUACUAUCUUCAAUGGCGGGUUUGCUCUGUAGAUGCAGCGGAACACGAAACUACUACUCCUUCAAUGACCUGCUAUUCCAAUUCAAAAAUCGGAGAAACGUUUUCAGAAAUUUUCGAAACGUUUCCACUCUUAUUCUUCCUUCCAAGAAAUGGAGAUCUCUUUUCAGUAAAAGUAGUCGCGUCUUCAGCAUGGAUGCACGAGAGAAGUCAAGAUCCUUGAUUUUAAAGUCAUCUAAACAGAAGAGAGUGCCUGUUUUCGUGAUGAUGCCUCUUGAUUCCUUUGGCAUUGACACUCUUGGGACUCCAAGGAUAAAAAAGAUCAAAGCAUUGUCUGUAUCCCUUAAAGCACUCAAGCUGGCAGGUGUCCAUGGGAUUGCUGUUGAGGUCUGGUGGGGGAUUGUGGAACGUACUUCUCCUUAUGCUUAUGACUGGUCUCUUUAUGAAGAGCUUUUUAAAUUGAUUUCUGAAGCCGGUCUGAAGUUGCAUAUUGCUUUGUGUUUCCACUCGAAUGUACACUUAUCAUCUCGACUUAAAGGUUCUGUGAGCCUUCCAAUGUGGAUUCAGAAGAUUGGUGCUAUCAACAGAGACAUUUAUUACCGAGACCGGAAUGGGGAUUUCUGUGACGAUUAUCUUACACUUGGAGUGGAUGAGCUUCCUCUAUUUUGUGGUCGUACUGCCCUCCAGUGUUAUGAAGACUUCAUCUUCAAUUUCCUUGACAAAUUUGAUUUAUUAAUCGGUCAUACUAUUGAAGAAAUUAGUGUUGGUCUUGGUCCUGCAGGUGAACUUAGGUAUCCUGCUCAUCCAUAUGCAGAUGGUCGAUGGAGAUUUCCUGGAAUUGGUCAAUUCCAAUGCUAUGACAAGUACAUGAUGGAGGAUCUAAGAAUGGCUGCUUGCCACGAAGGAAACCCUCAGUGGGGAGGGAAGGGCCCAGAGGAUGCUGGUUGUUACAAUAGCACUCCAUCAGGAGUUCCUUUCUUUGAAGGUGGUCAAAAUAGUUUCCUUUCUGACUACGGCCAAUUCUUCCUUGAAUGGUACAGUGGUAAGCUGAUUCAUCAUGCAGAUGUAAUUCUUGGGAAAGCAGCAGAUCUGUUGAAGAAGUAUCAACAAAAUGACAAAACUUCUGUGCUACUAGUGGCAAAGAUCGGUGCAAUAUAUUGGUGGUACGAGUCAUUGUCACAUGCAGCAGAACUUACGGCUGGUUAUUAUAACACUGCUCAGAGAGAUGGCUAUGAUCCAUUGGCUUUGAUGUUGUUUCGUCAUGGGGCAGCUCUUCACAUAUCGUGUCUAGAAAUGGUGGACAAUGAUACACCUUCAGGUUAUUUUUGCAGUCCGGAAGGAUUAUUACAGCAGCUUCAAACUGUCUCAAAGAGAAGGACUAUUAGCUUGACGGGAAGGAAUUGUAACGAACGUUUUGAUAAGGCUGGACUGCAGCAAAUACAAGCCAAUUGUUAUAAUCCUGGGGCGGAAACUGUAAAAUCGUUCACGUACUUCAGAUUAAGUGGCAAUAUUUUUAAGGCCGAAAAUUGGAGAAACUUUGUUCCGUUUGUGAGAAACAUGAAUGCAGAACAGUGAGAACGAGACAUGAUAUAUAAUCAUUUGAUCUUUUGUUGUUAAAGAAAUAGUCCUAUAUAGAAUGGCCUUGGCUGCCCUCAAAUUUUAGUGAGGCAGGGAGAUUGGAGGGCCAUUGCACACACUGACCACAUCAACUUCUGUAUUCUUCAUUCUUUACAGAUGUACAUAGCUCAUAGCCCCCUCCAUUGUCAGUCAGAACAGUAACAAUUGUAAUGCUUUACUAGGAAAAUAUCAGCAUUUUUUAGGUUUUUUUUUUAAUUUUUUUUAUGUUGGCCCUUUGAAUAUAACAUUGAAAUGUACCAGUGAUGAGCAUUUAUCUUUAAGCUUUACAAAAAAGGAUUGUUUCCAGACAUCAUAUUCAAAUCAGUUAAUGCAUACUCCUGUUGAUUGCUUCCAUGUC